AUGUAUGCAGUGCCAGAUGGAACUGGGGCCACUUUGAUGGACACAAUCCAGACCUGCAUCGAUCCCGACUCAAUCAUCAUCUCCGAUGUUUGGUCAUCAUACCAAGGAAUUGAAACGAUGAUUGACAUGAACUAUACUCAUGAAACGGUUAAUCAUACCGUAAACUUUGUGGAUCCAACGACUGAAGCUCACACACAAACCAUCGAAUCUGCUUGGCGCGUCUACAAGAUGCUGCAUAAACGCGGCACACAGCGAUCUUUAUUGGACAGCUACUUGUUGCAAUCAUAA